CUAGAGGUUCUUUUUUUAUCAUUGUUUAAUUGCAUACAUCGUUCUCCUUGAAUUCAAUGUUUGUAUAUCGCUUGUGAGUUUGAAUCCGAGAAAAACAUGUUUAUGUUGUUUCAACAGAAUCCCGAUCAUCUACAUUUCCCCUAUCUCUACUACGGAUCUGAACUGUACCUGUAUGAAACGAUGGUUUCAGGGUUUUAGAAAGGUUGAUCCAGAUCGAUGGGAGUUUGCAAAUGAAGGGUUUUUGGGAGGGCAGAAGCAUCUAUUGAAAGACAUCAAGAGGCGAAGGCAUGUCCCUCAGAACUUACAACCGCAGGAAACCAGUGCUUGCGUUGAAUUGGGCCAAUUCGGUGUGGAAGAUGAAGUGGAGCGACUGAAAAGAGAUCGCAAUGUACUAAUGGUUGAAAUCGUGAAGCUUAGACAACAACAGCAGAACUCCCGAGCCCAACUCGCUGCCAUGGAAGAAUGGUUGCAAGGUACAGAGAGAAAGCAGCAACAGAUGAUGGCCUUCCUGGCCAGAGCUCUUAAGAACCCAACUUUUGUCCAGCAGCUGAUGCAGUGUGGUGAGCAGAAGAAAGCAUUUGGAGGCGUUGGAAGGAAACGUAGAUUGCCGGCGAGUGCAAGUUCAGAGAACCUGCAAGAGGAAGUGAUCUCGGCCAUGGGUGCUCGGGCCGUUAGCUACCCACGUCAGACAGUAGCUGAGGAAGAAGUUGCGAUUGAAACGGAGAUUGAGAAGCUAUUUUCUGCCAUGGAUAACAGCUCAGGCAGUUCUAAUACAAAUCCAACUGUUGAAGUUGUCUCUGGCCACAGCGACUGGGAUUUGGGUUUUGCAAAUGACAUUUUGUGGGAAGAAUUACUGAAUGAGGAGCUGAUUGCAGGGAAUUUAGAAGAAGGGGAAGAAGAACAAACGGAGAUUGAUGUGGAGGUGGAGGAUUUGGCUGCUAGGCCAUCUGAUUGGAGCGACAAUGUACAGGUUAAGUAUGGUUCAAGUCAAGGAGAGAUGGCUGGAGGCUUGGGGGAGGAAGCAGUAGUUGUAAUCUUUCUGUAAUGGCUGUUCUUUCUUCCAUUUCUUUCAUUCAUUGUUGGAAUGGGUUUUUGGAGGAACUCUCCACUAUUGAAUUGGUAGCUGUUUUUUAGUAGCAUCUUCUGAUGUUCUUGGAUUUAUAGAGCGUUCAAAAGAGUACUAAUCUCUUAUUCUUCUAUUCAAUUUGUGCAGUUGUUGAUGA